AUGAAAGAACCACCCCACCCCAUCUCGAGGGCGGCGGUAGCCGCUACUGCAGCAGUAAAAGGGGUGGGCCGUACGCGUGGUCCCGUCCAGGAGGAGGAGGAGCCAAGACGUCGCUUCACGGAGGACCUGGAAGUGACGGCUCCGACCCCCUCCCGCACAGGCCCGGUCCGCGUGCCCCCUGUGCCCCAUCCCCCCGCAUACCGUCGGGCUUCCGUGACCGCAGCCGACUGCGGCGGCGGCUGCGACGACGGCGGGACCAUGAGGACGCUUGGCCCCUGCCCCGGACUGCUUUUGGCCGCCGGCUUGGCGCUGCUUUGUCCUGUGCAGGUAUUUUCACAAUCAUGUGUUUGGUAUGGCGAGUGUGGCAUGGCAUCUGAAGGUAAGAGGUACAACUGUGAAUAUUCAGGGCCACCAAAACCAUUGCCAAAGGAUGGAUAUGAUUUGGUACAGGAACUCUGUCCAGGCUUCUUCUUUGAUAAUGUCAGUCUUUGUUGUGAUGUACAACAACUUCAGACACUGAAAAGUAAUUUGCAGCUGCCUCUACAGUUUUUGUCCAGGUGUCCAUCCUGUUUUUACAACCUGAUGAACCUGUUUUGUGAGCUAACAUGCAGCCCUCGACAAAGCCAGUUCCUGAAUGUUACCGAUACCCAAAGCUUUAUUGAUCCCACCACGAAUGAGACCAAAACAAAUGUAGAAGGACUACAGUACUAUAUUGGACAGAGCUUUGCUGAUGCUAUGUAUAAUGCCUGUCGUGAUGUUGAGGCCCCCUCAAGUAAUGAUAAAGCCCUGGGACUUCUGUGUGGAAAAGAUGCUAAAGACUGCAAUGCUACCAAUUGGAUUGAGUAUAUGUUCAAUAAGGAUAAUGGACAAGCACCUUUCACCAUCACGCCUAUUUUUUCAGAUAUCCCUCUUUAUGGAAUGCAACCAAUGAAUAAUGCCACCAAAGGCUGUAAUGAAUCAGUGGAUGAUGUAACUGGGCCUUGUAGCUGUCAAGAUUGUUCCAUUACUUGUGGGCCCAAACCUCAGCCCCCACCUCCUCCUACUCCAUGGAUGAUACUUGGCUUGGAUGCCAUGUAUGUCAUCAUGUGGAUCUUCUACAUGGGAUUCUUGCUUUUGUUUUUUGGAAUGUUUUUUAUAAUAUGGUGCUACAGAAAACGGUAUUUUGUCUCCGAGUACACACCUAUUGAUGGCAAUAUAGCUUUUUCUGUAAAUGCUAGUGAUCGAGGAGAUGCUUCCUGUUGUGAUCAACUUGGUGCAGCAUUUGAGGGAUUCUUGACACAAGCGUUUACACGAUGGGGGUCUUUCUGCGUUCGAAAGCCAGUGCCAGUCAUCUUCCUCUCCUUGGUCUUCAUCGCAGUGUGCUGUUCGGGUCUAGUGUUUAUGAGACUCACUACCAAUCCAGUGGAUCUUUGGUCUGCCCCCAACAGCCAAGCUCACCUAGAGAAAGAAUACUUUGAUACCCACUUUGGACCUUUCUUCCGUACUGAACAGCUUAUAAUCAGGGCUCCACACACUAAGCCACACACUUAUGAACCAUAUCCUUCAGGAGCCGAUGUUCCAUUUGGGCCUCCUCUGGACAAAGGGAUCCUGCACCAGGUGCUAGACUUACAGACAGCCAUCGAGAACAUUACUGCUUCCUAUAACAAUGAAACGGUGAUAUUUCAGGACAUCUGUUUGGCCCCCUUAUCUCCUUACAACAACAACUGUACCAUUCUGAGUGUACUGAACUACUUCCAGAACAGCCAUUCUGUUUUGGACCACACAAAAGGAGAUGCGUUCUAUGUCUAUGCAGAUUAUCACACCCACUUCUUAUACUGCACACGAGCUCCUGCCUCUCUGAAUGAUACAAGUUCACUUCAUGAUCCUUGUUUGGGAACAUUUGGUGGGCCUAUUUUCCCUUGGCUUGUCUUAGGAGGCUAUGAUGAUCAAAACUAUAAUAAUGCUACUGCCCUUGUGAUUACCCUUCCUGUCAAUAAUUACUACAACAAUACUGAAAAGCUACAGAAAGCCCAAGCCUGGGAAAAAGAAUUUAUCAACUUUGUAAAAAAUUACAAAAAUCCAAACCUGACAAUUUCUUUCUCUGCUGAACGAAGUAUUGAAGAUGAGAUAAACCGUGAAAGUAAUGGUGAUGUUUUCACUGUUUUAAUUAGCUACGCUGUCAUGUUUUUAUAUAUUUCCGUUGCCUUGGGACACAUCAAAAGCUGUCACAGGUUCCUGGUAGAUUCUAAAAUCUCCCUGGGCAUUGCAGGGAUCCUGAUGGUGCUUAGUUCAGUAGUAUGUUCUCUAGGUCUCUUUAGCUAUGUUGGAAUUCCCCUCACCCUGAUUGUCAUUGAAGUUAUCCCAUUCCUGGUGCUUGCUGUUGGAGUAGACAACAUCUUUAUUCUUGUUCAGACCUUUCAGAGAGAUGAGCGCCUUCAAGGAGAAACACUGGAUAAACAACUGGGCAGGAUCCUGGGGGAAGUGGCUCCUAGCAUGCUCCUGUCAUCCUUUUCAGAGGCUAUAGCCUUUUUCUUAGGGGCUUUGUCAACCAUGCCAGCUGUUCGAACUUUUUCACUAUUUGCUGGAAUGGCUGUUUUCAUUGACUUCCUUCUUCAGAUUACUUGUUUUGUGAGUCUCUUGGGAUUGGACAUUAAGCGACAAGAGAAAAAUAAAUUGGACAUUCUGUGUUGUGUCAGAAUUGCUGAAGACAGAACUGGCCCCCAGCCGUCAGAGAGCUAUUUGUUUAAGUUCUUCAAAAAUACCUUCUCUUCAAUUCUGCUGAAGGACUGGAUGCGGCCUAUUGUGAUAUCUAUAUUUGUGGGUAUUCUGUCAUUCAGUAUAGCAGUUCUCAACAAAGUGGAAAUUGGCUUGGAUCAGUCUCUUUCGAUGCCAGAUGACUCUUAUGUACUAGAUUAUUUCAAAUCCCUGAACCAGUAUCUACAUGCAGGGCCCCCUGUGUACUUCGUGCUAGAAGAAGGACAUGACUAUACUUCUCUUGAAGGGCAGAACAUGGUGUGUGGAGGAAUGGGAUGUAACAACAAUUCACUUGUGCAACAAAUUUUUAAUGCCGCAGAACUAGAUAAUUACACAAGGAUAGGCUUUGCCCCCUCUUCCUGGAUUGAUGACUAUUUUGAUUGGAUUAAGCCUCAGUCUUCCUGUUGUCGGAUUUAUAAUAGGACAGACAAGUUUUGUAAUGCUUCAGUUGUUGACCCGUCCUGUGUUCGCUGUCGACCUUUGACUCCUGAGGGCAAAAGGAGGCCUCAGGGCGAAGACUUCAUGAAAUUUCUGCCCAUGUUUCUUUCAGAUAACCCUAAUCCUAAAUGUGGUAAAGGGGGACACGCAGCUUACGGCUCUGCCGUCCACCUCACAAACAAUGGGUCCGAGGUGGGAGCCACGUACUUCAUGACUUACCACACGGUGCUCCACAGCUCCUCCGAUUACAUCGAUGCCCUGAAAAUGGCCAGGACGGUGGCUGCCAACAUCACCGACACAAUGGGGCUCGCCGGCCGGCCCUACCGAGUGUUUGCGUACAGUGUGUUUUAUGUCUUCUAUGAGCAAUACCUGACCAUUGUGGAUGACACAAUCUUCAACCUCGGAGUAUCCCUGGGAGCCAUAUUCUUGGUGACUACAGUUCUCCUAGGCUGUGAUCUGUGGUCUGCAGUGAUCAUGUGUGUUACAAUUGCUAUGAUUUUGGUCAACAUGCUUGGAGUUAUGUGGCUCUGGGGCAUCAGUCUGAAUGCUGUUUCCUUGGUCAACUUGGUAAUGAGUUGUGGUAUCUCUGUGGAGUUCUGUAGUCACAUAACCAGAGCAUUUACUGUGAGCACCAAGGGGAGCCGGGUAGCACGAGCCAACGAGGCCCUGUCCAACAUGGGAAGUUGUGUUUUCAGUGGAAUUACACUAACAAAAUUUGGAGGGAUUGUGGUGUUGGCCUUUGCCAGAUCUCAAAUUUUCCAAAUAUUUUAUUUUCGGAUGUACCUCGCUAUGGUCUUGCUGGGAGCCACCCAUGGCUUAAUAUUCCUUCCUGUCUUACUUAGUUACAUAGGACCAUCAAUAAAUAAAACUAAGCGUCACGCUGCUCAAGAACGAAACAGAGGCACUGAACGAGAACGGCUCCUUAACUUCUAGUCCUCUGGGCUGCUGAGAGGUCAUUCGGAUUGGUGUGGGACAGUCACGGUAUUUUGGGAACUGUGGCAUAGGCAUGACUAGUUUCCAUACUGGACAUCAUUAAUACCACCACUGUUGAACAGCAACAGCUUCAGAUGUGGUUUUUAAACUCAGGAAUGCUAAACCCGGACUUGUGAAGCAGCAUCACGAAGUCUGAAUACGUCAGUAGGACACUGAAACAUUCUGGAGAAGCUAGAAGAAAGAUAUUACUUCUCUGUAAGCAAAACGUGAUGGCCAAUAUUGGUGGGUAUGAGAAUAGACUGCUCACUGCCACUUUUUAAAAACAAAAAACAAAUCAAUGCAAUUUUUUUCUCCCUCCACUUUUAGGGAAAAAG